GGACGCGGGGGACGCCAUGCUGAAUACACGGGCAUUUGUGAUCGCGUGGCCAAGUUAUCAACGUGAUCGAAACUUUCACGCGAAUGCGUUUGUUUCAGUUCGCUUUGCGAAUUCCGAGAAGAUUGUUACAGGAGCCUAUUACCCCUUUUCUAACAACAAAGCGUGAUUUCCAAACAGUUCGAUUGUUGUUGGCGAGAACUUUGCCGGAUAACUGGGGUUCCAAAAAACAACACCGGGCUGUUAAAUUAAAUUUUCCUCUCGACAUGUCAGACCCUAAGAUUGAGGAGGCCCUUGCACCCCUGCGGGCCAGUGUGAAGGAGCAGGGAGACCUGGUUCGUGAGCUGAAGUCCACUGGUGCCCCAGAGCUAGAUGUCAAGAAGGCAGUAGCCGAGCUAAAGCUUCGCAAGAAGCUCCUAGAGGACAAGGAGCUGUCCUUCGUCUCAGAGUCCCACACCUUCGACCGAACGAGAAUGGAGGACCUCCUGAAACGUCGUUUCUUCUUCGACCAGUCCUUCGCGAUCUACGGUGGGAUAACUGGUCAAUAUGACUUUGGGCCGAUGGGUUGUGCCUUCAAAACAAACCUCUUGAACACCUGGCGUAGCUUUUUCGUCCUAGAAGAACAGAUGCUAGAGGUUGAUUGUUCGAUCCUCACCCCUGAGCCGGUGCUAAAAGCCUCUGGGCACGUCGAUAGAUUCGCCGAUCUGAUGGUCAAAGACCUGAAGAGCGGCGAGUGUUUCCGCCUCGAUCACUUGAUCAAAGCUCAUCUGGAGAAGAUCGCAGCGGACAAGAAGACAGAUCAACAGACCCGCGAGGAUUGCAAAGAUAUUGUGAUAAAACUGGAUGGAAUGACGAAAUCUGAGAUGUCUCAAGUUCUCAAGCGCUUCAACAUGAAGUCACCUUCAACUGGAAACGAUCUUUCGGAGCCCAUGGAGUUCAACUUAAUGUUCGGAACGCAGAUAGGCCCCACAGGGCUCAUCAAAGGCUUCCUCCGACCAGAAACAGCCCAAGGGAUCUUCGUCAACUUCAAGCGUCUGCUGGAAUUCAACCAGGACAAACUUCCCUUCGCGGCUGCACAGAUCGGUAACGCCUUCAGGAACGAGAUCUCUCCCAGAUCUGGACUCAUCAGAGUCCGAGAAUUCACGAUGGCUGAGAUCGAGCACUUCUGCGAUCCCUCCGACAAGUCCCAUCCCAAAUUCCAAAACGUCAAGGACACGAAACUCAUGCUGUACUCCGCUUGCAACCAAAUGGACGGUAAGAGCGCCGAGCAGAGGACCAUUGGAGAAGCUGUGGCUGCUGGCCUGGUAGCCAAUGAGACCCUCGGGUACUUCAUGGCAAGGAUCCAAACCUUCUUGACGAAGGUCGGAGUGGAUCCCAAACGACUGAGGUUUAGACAGCACAUGAGCAACGAGAUGGCGCAUUAUGCUUGCGACUGCUGGGACGCGGAGUGUCUGACCAGUUAUGGUUGGAUCGAGUGUGUUGGAUGUGCGGACAGAUCGGCUUACGAUUUGACCCAGCACACGAAGGCCACUGGGGUCAAGUUGGUCGCCGAGAAGAAACUCCCAGCUCCUAAGGUCGUUGACGUGGUGGAGGCAGCACCCAACCGAGGGGCCAUUGGAAAGACCUUCAGGAAAGAGGCGAAAGCUGUUCUCGAGGCACUUGAUGCUCUAGAUAAGGAGGGAAUUGAUGGGUUGGAGAAGGGAUUGGAGGAUGGAUCCUACAGGCUGACGUUGGCCGAUGGCUCCGAGGCCGAGAUCAAGAAGGAGAUGGUGGUAGUUAAGAGGUAUCAGAAGACUGUUCAUGUCGAGGAGAUCAUUCCGUCUGUUAUAGAGCCUUCCUUCGGUGUUGGGAGGGUCAUGUAUGCUGUGUUCGAACAUAAUUUUAAGAAAAGGGAAGGGGAUGAGAUGAGGACCUAUCUUAGCCUCCCACCAGUGGUGGCACCAUUGAAGUGCUCGGUUCUUCCGUUGAGUGGGAAUCCCGAGUUCGUGCCGUUCGUGAAGGAGCUGUCUCAGGGCCUGACGAAAGUCGAUGUCUCGCAUAAGGUCGACGACUCGUCUGGAAGCAUUGGAAGGAGAUAUGCUAGGACUGAUGAGAUCGCUAUUCCUUUUGGAAUUACUGUUGACUUUGAUACUUUGAAGAAGCCGCAUUCUGUAACGUUGAGGGAGAGGGAUUCUAUGGGGCAGGUCAGGAUUGGGGUUGAGGAGCUCCCGGGGGUCGUCAGGGAUCUUGCUAAUGGGAAGAUUACGUGGAUGGAGGUCGAGGCCAAGUAUCCUAAGUUCGAGCAGCAGGAGAGUAAUGAAGCGUAAAGAGUUUUAGGUUGACGAAUUCUUUGAGAUGAUUUAGUCCAGGAAGAUUUUCGGACAUGCGCCUUUUUUAAUGGUUCAUAUCCUGGAAUCGCUGAAGUGAGCUUGACACGAUGGUGCUUUUCGCCUUGGAGAUCUUUAUUGAUCUUCAAAAGGAAAGCGUUCGAAUUAUCGCAUUCAAUCUGGAGAUAUUGAAGAUUUCAGAAAGUUCGAAACUCAGUCCUGAAUUUGUUAUAAAUUCACGACUUUUGUAUUUAUUCAACAGAUGCUUUUACUGGCAUUCAGCUUUUGUACUUUUCAUUUAUACAAGUGAUUCUUGUAAAGACUUAAUAAAUUCGAGAUUAUGAUGAG